CUGCCGACGAGCAUAAAACCCCACACUCGCUCCGCAUCUCAGUGAUCACUCCCUCCUCCUCCUCCUCUGCCCGAUCCCUCUGUCUCUCCGUACCAUAGCAGAGACACUUUCAUCCAUCCGUCCAUGGCGGCCACCGUCGGCAAGGAGAGGGAGGAGGCGGUGGUCCACCCGAACGCGAGGCAGGGGGGCAAGCUCUUGUCCAGGCUGCUGACGAGGGACAGCUCGGCCGCCGCGCCGUCCUUCCGGGUCUACUACGGCGUGUCCUCCGCCGGCGCGGUGCCGUUCCUGUGGGAGUCGCAGCCGGGCACGCCCAAGAACGCCAUCUCCGACGCCGCGAUGCCGCCGCUCACGCCUCCGCCGUCCUACUACGCCGCCGGCGGCACCGCCUCCGCCAAGAAUCACGCGGCGCGCAAGGGCAAGGUCGCCGGGGGCUACAAGUUCCGGCCGUCAGGCAUCCUGGGCUCCAUCCUCAUGGCGACGCGUAGGCGGGGCCGGACGACACCGUCGGGCUCGCCCACCUCGUCCUUCUCCUCCGCGUCCACCUCCUCCUCCUCCUCGACCUCCUCGACGUCAUCCUUCCGCCGCACGGGCGGCAGCAGCAGGCUGCACUCGUCGUCGUCGUCGUUCUCGGAUGACGAGGAGACGGCCAUGGCGACGUGCUUCAGGGUGCGGCACGAGAGCUUCCGGGCGCUCAAGGGCUGCCGCGUCGCCGUGACGGUGAGGAGCGCGCUGGCGUCCGUCGGUGGCGGCCACGGCGCCGCGGUGCAGAGGGUCUAAACGCACUGAACUCGCCGUGUGCAAGGACGUGCGUUGAUACUACUUAAUGUCGAGUGGAGUUUUACCCAAGUCGUGUGUUGGUUUUGAUUGAGCUUCUGUAAUCCUACUACUAGCAGUGUAUAUGGAAAUAAUCAAUGAGCAUGGCUAUGCAUGUUCAGAACUUCAGAUGA